GAAAAAUCAAGUGACAACCAAGACGUUUCUUUGAGAGUGUCACUGGAACUGACAAAAAAGUUGUCCACAUGUAAUCUGUCAUAAUCCUCUAUAAUUUCAAGAACGUGAAAAGAGCAUGAUUAAUUUUUGGAAGAAGGCUCCACAAAUCCUUUUGUGCUUUUCAAUCAUCCUCCAAGUAUCGAAAACCGCGCACCUAAACAGACGUCAAAGAAACUCCAUGGAAAAUGUGAGGAACCCAAUAAGGAAAGUCGACAUCAUGGUGACCAUCAAAAGCCACGGGCAAAACGUCUUUCAGAACAGAAUGGAAUUGACCUCACUUCCAACGUUACCAGAGUGCACUACCUCACUCCCUGAUUGCAUCACAACCCCAUCUCCCACACCAACAUGUUCCUCGGAUUCUACGACGCCAGAAAGUUUCACUUGCACCAAGCCAGGAACUUUCCCCAAUCCAGAAAGCUGUAGCGAUUUCUACGUGUGUCAUCAGAAUGGUGGUAAGGGUGGUUUGGAAAGGGUGAAACUAAGCUGUCCUAGUGGAUUGGCUUUUGACCGAGAACGUAGUGAAUGUACGAAACGAGCGGCUGCAGAAUGUUUGUCAAAUGAUGAUGUGAUUGUAAGAAGAAUCAAAUAAAAUAUUUAGUCUCACCAUUAUUG